AAUGGCGGCUAACGAGUGAAUUCAAACUGUAAGUCAACGAGGAGUUUUUAAAGUUUCAUGGAUCGCAAUACCACUCCCCGAAAAAAGCGAAAUAUGCCUAUUUCGAAUCCACGUCAACGGAGUAUUUCACAAUAUUUUACUCCUAGAAGUGGUAUCAGUAAAGAAGACGUGAACUUCCUCGUUAAACCAACUGCAAAUCCUUCUACACCUGGUAUUGCCACCUCUGAUUCUGUUUUGAACGGACAGCGCGGAUUCACGAAUCAAGUGACACUUCCACCCACACUUGGAUUCACUUCAGCCGCUAACAUUUAUUUGCAAGCUGGAAAACGGUGCUCAGGAGCUCAAAAGCAGUCAAUUGCAUCUGUGGAGCGCAAUCUAGCGAGUGUUACUAGCCAACCGGAGGAUUUCCAAAUUCCUUGCCAUUCCAACUCAAAAACUUGUUCUUCUGAAGGAAAACAAACGCUCAUUAACAGACAUAUACGUAUCCCUGACUUUGUGGCUUCAUCUUCGUUCUCUUCGCCAUCUUCCAGUUCUUGUUUAAGUACACUUACCUCCAGUUUAUCAUCGUCGAGUCCGUCGGCGCGAAACAUGAAACGCGCUCCUCGAUCAACCAGAACGCAAAAGAACUUGAAGGGAAAAUCUGGAAAAAAUCAGAGGAGUGCCCUGAAUACCAUCUUCGUCAAAAGCGACGAUGAAGGUUCUUCAAAUGACAGUGACUGCUGUUUAAUUAUGAACGUUGUUCAUGGAAGAAAAGCUAAGCAUGAUUCUGAUGUGAGAGGAAACUCUACAUGUAGUUUAUCACAAGCUUACUGGAAUGAUUCCUGCAUUCAAAGUAGUCAAGUGAGCCUGGAAAGUGCAGUCAGCAAAAGAGGAUGCAAUAAAAAUAAUUCUAUAUCUUUUCAAUCUACUAAGCAAGCUAAAACAAAAUCAUCAUCAAGUUCAACAUUUGGUCUUUUUGGUGGUGACAUUAUUGAUUCUGAUGAGGAAGCUGAUUCUCAAGACUUCAAUCAAUGCAGUACUGAUUUAACUCAUUUGCCUGUGGAGAUUUUGGAGAACAUUUUGUGUCAAUUGCCUAUAGUGGAUUUGAUGUUGAAUUGUGCCUUAGUGUGCCGUCAGUGGUACAACAUAAUAUCAAAGGAUUCUUUCAUUCCUUGGAAGAAGAAAUAUUUUCUUCUAAAGAACAAGGACAAUUCAUCUGAAGAUUUUAUGAUUGAACUACUGGAGAGAAAAGGACUACUAGAGGUGGAUUUGUUUCCACUGAAUCUCUCAAGUUUUAUGAAAGAUUUUAAAAGAAAAGGGAGCUUGUCUCUGAUAGAAGAAUUGAAGACACAUUCCAAGUUCCCAUUAAUAGGGACAUUCAUGGAAACUCUGACUGGCAGCUCAAAAGAGGUUCCUAGUCCUUGGUCUGUUGUAGCACUUCUGACACUGGUUUGCCAAACAGUUUAUGAAGUACAAGAAAUAGUCCGUUGUUUGACAAGGUCCACUUCCUGUCUGGUCCAUGACAUUCUGGAAUGUUUUUACUGUCUGGCAUCAAUCUUUUACUACCUAGAGUCACAAAACAGAGUUGGAAGUGGUCUUCACUACAGAGUGUUCUAUACACUGUAUUUGUAUGAGAAUGCAUUUCAAGCCACACGUGCAUCUCUUGGUUCUGUGUUUGGUCAGAAUUCUACUGGACAGCAGUCAAUGAUGCGAUACAGGUCAUCCUUUGACAAGCUGCAGCUUACCCAUGAGCAAGUUCGCAUUAUCAAACAUGAUGUCAGAGUGGGAGAGAUCAUAAAAAUUGUAGCAUUUGCAGGAACUGGUAAGACUACAACUCUUGUUGAGUACACCAAGAUGAGGCCUAUGGAACGAUUCCUUAAUGUGGCAUACAACAAGUCAAUUCAGGAACAUGCUGCUAAGAUGUUCCCUAGCAAUGUUGAGAACCGUACAAUCCACUCGCUUGCCUUCAGGAAAGUGGGAGUUAGAUACAGACACAAGCUUACGUAUCGUCUACGGAUCAGUACUAUCAUGAAUGCCCUUCCCUCCAAUUGCGGAUAUCUUCAUGCCCGACGCGUUGAAGAAACUCUUAAUAACUUCAUAGCAUCUGCUGACACCACUGUGAACCCCAAACAUGUACCAGCAGCUAAGAGAACCUUAGUGGAUGUUUCCUCUUCAGAAGGAAGCGAGAUUGUGGUAUCUAUCUUUGGUGAACACGGUACAGAUACAAGUUAUUUGAACAGUGACCAGUACAUUCAGAAAGUUGUCUCACAUGCGCAUGGCCUAUGGGAGAGAAUGAAAGAUCAAGGAGAUAAAGAAUUCCCAAUCACUCAUGAUGGUUACCUUAAGAUCUAUCAACUCAACAGGCCAGUUCUUGAUGGAUACGACUGUCUCCUGGUUGAUGAAGCUCAAGACUGUACUCCUGCUGCCUCCGAUAUUCUUCUCAGUCAGUCUUGUGCAAAGAUUUUAGUGGGAGACCCCCAUCAGCAGAUAUAUGCGUUUCGCGGAGCAAGAAACGCUCUUCAGGAGGUGAAAGGCACCCACACGUUUUACCUCACUCAGUCAUUCAGAUUUGGUCCGGAGAUAGCUUAUGUUGCGUCUUGUGUUUUGGACGUGUUGAAAGGUGUGCGAAACAAGACUUUGGUUGGAGGAGCUAAGAAAGGCUCAGUGCUUGGUGAACAAUCCGGUCAGCUGUGCGUGAUUACACGCUGUAAUUAUACUCUGUUCAACGAGGCUGUUAAUGUGUGCUGUGCGAACAACGACAAAAGAGUUGGUUUUGUUGGGGGUCUUAAAAGCCUCGCGCUUGAUCGAGUGUUGGACAUUCACAAACUGUUUACUGCUGAUACAAACAAAGCGCACUCAGGAAUCAAGGACGCUUUAAUCAAGAAAUUCCGUUCAUUUUCUGAAUUGAAGAAGUAUGCGAAAUGUGCUCCUGACCCAGAACUGCUUGGCAAGAUUAAGAUCGUCGAGACACAUCAUGUCAUGCUGCCGCAAAGGAUAGAGAAGAUAACUUCCAAAGCCGUUGGAAACCUACGGCAGGCGGAUAUUGUUUUCUCCACAGCACACAAAGCCAAAGGGCUUGAAUUCGACACAGUUCGCGUCACAGAUGAUUUUCUACCUGGAACAGACAUUGGUGUGCCAUUACAUGACCAUGGUGAAGAUGAAAGAAACCUAGUGUAUGUCGCGGUUAGUCGAGCAAAGAAGUGCCUCCAACUCAAUAGUACAAUUCUCAACAUUCUUGGGUACAGAAAGGAACAUUUCGUGGAGUUGGUAUCACCGAAGGAGUUGUCUCAGCCGGCCUUCUGUGUAAACUGUAAGAAAGAUGUCGAGUUUUCUCCGCGGCCUCACGUUGUGAUUCAGAAAGAAAAUGUUGUACUGGGUGGAAACGUGACAAUGGCUGGAGGCGUUCUUUGUCCUACGUGUGCUGUUGAUACAAUACCACAUUUAGGAUGUCUAGUUUCUGUAAACAAAGAAAGUUGAGUGCUUCAUUUCCAAGGGCAGAAUGUUAAUUGAAUGAUGUAUGAAAGAGCAUAUAGAAUUAGAUGUAUCAAAUUUUGUACUUAUUUUAAGAUAGUUAUAAUGAUAUUAAUGCAUAUGAUAAUAACGGUAAUAAUAAGCAAUUAGUGGUGAGUUUAAGCAUGAUAUCAUAAGUUAUCAAAACCGACGCUAAGGCUGAUAACACAGAUGCGAGGUUUGAUAAUUCAUGAUAUCGAGCGAAAACCGAAUUCUAUAAUUGUUUUAUUACACAUUUUGUCAACAAUCUGCAAAAGAAGACACUUUCCCUGAGUUUGAAAAAGUUUGGAAACACUACACGGACGAGAGACUUGUAAAAUAAGGGAGACUUUGAACUCGACAUGAUAAAUACCUUAUCCUCUGCAGAUAUUGCAUUUAUUAUGUCAUCUUCACACGCUAUUGUAAUUCAGAUUUUCAUAGUAACUCUAAUGUAUGGUAAUACUAUUACUUUUUCUUUCUGUUUUAUUUAAUCAUGUCAUCUCCACACGCUAUUUAUCUUAAUGGAAUGCUCGUGCUAAUUCAUAUUUUUCAUAGUAAGUCUAUUAUAUAGUAAUAAAUAUCAUUUUUCCUAUUCAGAUUUUUCAUAGUAACUCUAAUGUGUGAUAAAUAAUGGUAAUUGAACUGAGUGAAGUGCAAUUUGGGCUGAAAUCAUACGCGUGAUUUCAAAAUCGAACAAGCGCGCAGCGUGAGUUCGAUUUGAAAUCAUAAGUAUGAUUUCAGACCAAAAUUGCUCAACACGAGAUUCAAUUACCACUUUAUUACACCCAUUUUGAAAUCGCUCAAAUACAGGACUUGGUCAGUUCAAAUUUUUUUUUAAUUGAUGCAGUACU